AUGAGCAGCCGCGAUCAAGGACCGGUCAUUUCUUUUGUUGGCGGGAUUUGGGUGGAUCAUCACUUCAAUAUUAAGUCUUCUUACAAACAGUUAGCAGAAGAUGUUUACAAGGCCAAAGUCGAGUCUGCUGAUUUUUCAAAUCAGAGUGAGCAAGUGAGAGAAAAAGUGAAUCUGUGGGCAAGCAAAGAAACCAAAGGGCUAAUUGUUGAUCUUCUUCCUUCCGGAUUCUUCAGUAGCGAUACAAUUCUUGCACUUGCAAAUGCACUCUACUUCAAAGGAACUUGGCUUCAUAAUUUUGAUGCCUCAGCAACUAGGAAUAAAGACUUUCAUCUCCUCAACGGCGAAAAAUCCAUUAAAGCUCCCUUCAUGACUAGCUAUUAUUAUGCAGAACAUUAUUAUGGAUCAUUUGAUGGUUUCAAGAUUCUCAAGAUUCCAUAUAAAACGGGCGCCAACAACAACAACAACCACCACCAUUAUUCAAUGUACAUCUUUCUUCCUCAUAAGAUCGACGGACUAACAGAAUUGAUUCACAAGUUCAAUACAGAUUCAAGUUUUUUACGCAAGAAUUGGGAUCUUCAGCGACAAGAACUUGAUGAGUUGUGGAUUCCAAAGUUUAAAUUCUCAUAUGAUUUAAAUGCUUUAGAAAUUAUGCAAGAGUUGGGGUUGAACUUGCUGUUUGAGAGAAAUAGAGAGGUGUCGGAAGUAGUCGAUGAUUACUCCGAUGUUUUUGUGUCGAAGGCAGUUCACAAGGCGCGUGUUGAAGUAAACGAAGAAGGAACGGUUGCUGCUGCAGCCAGUCUCAUGUCUGAUGAUUGUGGAUGUGCAGGACCAAUGUACCCUCCCCCACCAAGUUUUGUUGCAGACCAUCCUUUCAUGUUCAUCAUUAAAGAGGACAUAUCUGGGAUUGUUCUUUUCAAUGGAGCUGUUUUUAAUCCUCUUUCGGAUGUCUAGGAUUCUGUUUUUUCGCAUUAGACUUACUAGAAUUAUUCAAUUUUAGUUUAUUAUGUAGUUGCAGAAAUCAUUAUAAUGCUGAGAAUCUUUGGU